UGGCCCUGGGGCGGCGGAGAUACAGUUCUUACAAUAUUUGUGUGCCGUUGCUGUUCGAGGCCAUUUUGCGAAUGUUUAUUCCGAAGUUCGGUUAGAGUUCAGUCAGACAGUCACUAGUCGCCGCGUUCGCUGGAGCUUCGUAUCGGCGGAAUUUUCGCCGCACCUUCGCCAUCCGCACGCUCAUUGGUGAUCGACUGUCGACACUAUGGCCUACAGAUCUAGUCGUGGUGGUUUUGGCAACACAAGAGGAGGAAAUCGUGGGACUUCUUACAAUUCGAAUUAUGGCAGUCCAAGAGGUAGUCGAGGUGGAAAUAACUACAACGACAGUUACAGAAGCCGAGGUAAUAGUUCAUUUCGUGGAUCUCGAGGAGGCAUCCGAGGAAAUAGUGGAUCUUGGUCCACUAAUUCACCAUCAACCGGUGGUUAUAGCACCAUGAAUCGUAACAGUGGAUCUAACUGGUCGCCUCAAGGAGACUCAAAUUAUGAAUCAAGAAAUCGCUAUACUGGUAAUAAUGAUCGAUAUUCAAGUAGUCAUAAUGAUGACUAUAGACGGUAUAAAGAGGGUGGAAGAAGUCACAGAGACUCAGACAUGGGUGGAUAUUCAAGCUCCGGUGAAGACUUUGGCCGUUAUAGUAGUGGUGGUGGUGGUAGCAGUUACAUAGACGAACGUAGUAGCAGAUCAUCCUAUGCUCCUGAUAAUAGCUAUGGAGGAAGUAGCAGUUACAGAGGUCGUGAGAGUUCACGUGACUAUGGUUCAGAUUUCCGUAAGCCAUUGCCUCCUGAUGAUGAUCGUUCUUCACCACCUUCCCCUAGAUAUUCUGGCCCAUCAAAUAGAGGCAGGGGUACUAGGGGAUUCCGUGUUGCUGAAAGACCUGGCAUGAGGGGUAGGUCUUCUGCCAGUGUGUCUUAUAGAGGAUCAUUUGGAGGUAGUGCAGGACUUAUCAAACGCAAACGACUUGAACCUACACCAAGUUGGCGCACAAAUCCCAUUCGUAAAGGAUAUGAUAUGGCAAACAGAAGAAUACAUACAGUCAAAAGAACUAGUAUGCGAGAUCAUGAUGAUUAUCGUGCAAGAAAAAUUGCAGAAUUCAGGGAAAAAACUCGUCAACUUCGUGAACGUGUAAGGUCUCCGUCAGUGGAUGAAGAAGAAGUGGAAGAGGAAGUUGAAGAAGAAGUAGAGGAAGAAGAAUCAGCCAAUGAUGAAGGGGCAGAAAGACUUGAGGAUGAUGGUGAAAAAAAGGAAAAAUCUCCCAAAAAGAAAAAGAAAGUUAUUAAAAAAGUGAUGAAAAUUGUUAAGAAAAAAGUUAAAAAACAAAAACUAAAUGGCGAUAUAUCUAAAACUGGUUCUGGAGAUAAAACUUCACCUCGAAAAAUUGAAAACAAUUUGUUAGAUUCUAGAGGUGAACCGUUUAUUAAACUAUUGUGUCCACAUUGCGAAGUAACCUGCAAGACAUUUAGAGAAUAUGAGAUACAUUUAUUGAAAAUACGUCAUCGCACAGCCAUGUCUCAAUUAGCCCGUAAACGUAAGCAUGAAUUAUUCAUGUUUCGUCAGGAUCAACGCAAGGAACAAAAAGAAAUUGAUGACAAAGCAACUGAAGACGAACCAAAAACUGAGAUAAACUAUUGCAAAUUAUGCCAACUAAAUUUCAAACAACCAAAAAGUGAUCACUUCAGUAGUACUUUGCACAAGAAAAUUAAACAAUUUCUACAACCCGCUUGUAAUGUUUGUCAUUUGAUGUUUGCAUCGCCAAUGCGUUAUGAACACCAUUUGUGCAGCACCAACCAUUUAAAGAAAGUUGAUGUUUAUGAUCGUCGGACUAAAAGAAUGGCUGCUGUUCCAAGUGCAGAUGAAGCUGAUGGAGAUGUGGAUAUGGACAAUUUUAUGGUUUUGGAUUCUGUUGGAUCUGGGGAUGAUGAGGGAUCAGAAGACGGUGAAAAUGCUCAAGAUAAUAAAGAUGAUGGAAAAAAGAAAUCAAAGUCCAAAAAAGAAAUAAGUCUGGGUAAAGAAUUUUGUAAAAAAGUUGAAGUAUAUUACUGUGAAUUGUGCAAGUUCAAUUUGCCCCCACAUGAUGAUGUUGAACAGCAAUUGAAUUUGCAUUGCCGUAAUCGUGUACAUUUACAACGAUAUGUGCAACAUUGUGAAAAAAAUAAAUCCCAAGAAAAGACUGUAGAAGUGGUUAGCAAGGAAUGUACCGAUGAUGCAAAAUCUGACAGUGAAUCAUCUAACAAAGGUGUUGGAAAUGAGGAUAAAAAUGAAACUUCUGACAAUGGUGAUGAUUCAUCGAGUCUAAAUAUUCAACAUGACGAAGAAAUGAAAAAUGAAUUUUGGGCUACAUUGGAUACUGUCAUAGAAGCUAAUAAAAGUAAAGAUGACUCGGAUAAUGAAAAAUCUAAUGGUGAUUCAGAGUCCAAAUGAAUAUUUUUAAAGUAAUAUUAUGUAAACACUGAUAUGCUACUACUCAAAUCAGUAGUCAUAUAUCUGUUGUCCGUGGUAAUUUUCUGUAAGACAAAUAAAAUGUGACUGUUGUUUCCUUUUUAAAAGUUUGUGAAGUAGGUAUAAUUGUUUUUUUAUAUUCAACUUUAAAUUAAUAGUUGUAUGUUAGUUGUACUCAAUUUAUGUGUAAUUUUCUGCCAACUAUUGAUAAUUUUAAGCUUUUUGUAGUUUAAAGUGUAAACUCGUAUAAUUGUACUGUAAAAUAUUUUUAGAUAAUAUUAUGAAAAACAAAAAAAUAGAAAUCAGUUCUUGUUUUAAAUUCAAUUUUGACAUGAAAAAUUAAACAUACCAGCCUUGGUUCUCAACCAUUAGGUCAAAUAGUAUUAACCCAUGGUUUGCAGCCAAAAGAUUUGGUUUUAUUUUUAUUUUUAUAUUACCUAUUAAUUUUUACAUAUUUUUUUCUUUAAAAUUUAAGUGUAAAUAAAAUAAUUUACUUGGGCUUAAA